GCCACACGGUUCGACGUCGUUGCCGAUGUGCUCUCUUCUAGUCCGCACGGUGUUGUAGAGACGGUCGCGCUCUUUGCUUCAGUUUGUUUGAACAUCAUCAUCAUCCCAGAAAAGGCCCAUCCAGCCACCAUUAGAUCAGCAGUGAAGAAGAAAAAAAAAAUAGCGGCAAGCUCAAGAGUCCCAGAGUGCUUACGGGAGUGUGUGCGUGUGUGUGCGUUUUUUUUUUGCUCCUGCGAUACCCGACGGCAGGAAGGAGUUUGGAAACUAAAAGUUUUGUUUAAUUUUAAAGGUUCCACGUGGAUGCAGGUGGCGGCAGACCGAUGACAGCCACUCCGCCGUCGGAGCAAUGGUAGGAAAAUUUAAAUCCACUGUCGAAGGAUGCUCUUAAUCGACUGGGGGGAGCUAGAGCAGGUGUGAAGAAAAUUGUUUAAAACGGAGAGUGAGACAAACGGGUCGACGAGUGCUCAAAUAUUUGUACAUAACUUACCUGUAGGAAGUUUUAGUGAAUCCAAAAUGUUCUUUCCUACCAUUAGUUAGUUGAAAGUUGUUUCAGUCGGAAAACGGAAAUCGCUGGAAGGAUUGAUCGAGUGAGUUUCCUAGAUAGAAUACUUUGCUCAUAAGAAACCAUUCAAUCUCUGAUUACCUGAUGGUUAGUGAAUCGAAACCACCACCAUAUUGAGUGAAAAGUGUUAGUGAAUCGAAAGUUUUUUUUUCCGACGGACCAUACCUGGAUUAGCUGCCGUCCUGCGGUUGGCCGCCGUUAACUCUGCAAGCCGCAACUGCCGACGGGAAUACGAGCAAGAAGUACCCAGAGCAGCUGUCGAUAGGAUUUCAACAAUCCAUCAAAAACUCUAGACGAAUCUUAGCGUAAACGACAAAAAUGGCUCAAAGAAUCAAGCUCAAGAUCAAAUAGACGAACGGGCACGGACACGACUCGUGGUCGUAAUCGGGAACUAACGCACCGGGGAAUGGAAUCUCUGCAGAGAAGCCAAACGCAACCGAACGCGUUCGCGGGGCCUAUAAAUGUAAAUUAAAUAAUUAAAAAUAAUUCCCCACCGUGUCAUUGAAGUCGGUCGAAAGCGUGUCACUAGUGGUGCGGGACAGCGGAUAACGCGCGCGGAAAGGCGGCUAAAGUUAUGGCCAUUUGACAUCGUGAAGAAUUGCUUGUGUUCAAAAACAGGCGUCGGGAAGAGACGGAACAUUCCUAACAAGCGAAAAGCAGCAGAGGAAGCGGGCCCCCCUUUCUGGUGUGCGUUGUGUGAUGAGUGUACGGCCAAACCCCAGGGGCACCGAAUUGUGAAAGCCGAUAAAAAGGAAUCUGACCCGAACCACUCAAAAUAAGCGGAAAGAAGAAACCAGUGAAAAUCACAAAAUCGACUCAAGCGGAGAAACUGUGUCGUUGAAUUAGGCUCUGUCCGAUCUGUCGUCUCUGUCCCUGUCUUGCUUGCGGCGCCUCUCGCGGAUGGACCACGAUCCUGAAAUGCUGACGGCCUGCUGGGAAAACUGCAAAGUUCGCCGGAAUCGAAACUAUGUAGCUCGUGAAACGUUACCGGCUAGCAGCCUGUAGUCGUGUUGUUUGCUGUUGGAAAAGCUCUUCGAAGGUUGUGCAAUAUUUUAUUACGUUUAUUCUUUCUAUACUGAACGGCGACAGGCCGCUACAUAUAUAUCUAUACUUCCGUAGUAGUUUCUUGAAACGAAUAAAAAUUACAUAAGAAAGAUGUUAAAUAUUUGUUACUCGGUAGCAUAAGUGUAACUGGUGUCAGCGAAUUAUGUAUAGAACAAUAUUUUCUAUCCAAUUUUUACUCAGUGUGUGUACUUUGUAGAAAAAUCAACACAGAAACACUCAAAUCUCAUGGGGUUGUGAACGAAAAAAAAAGAAAAAGAAAAUUCUCAAUCACUUUCAACUGUAAAGUUAUAAAAGAAGAAAGUAGCAUAAAAAAGUGAAAUAAUUACCGUCCUUCUAAGAAAAGAAAAAUUUUAAACGUAGACUAGACUCUAAGCAAAAAAAAAGAAAAAUUACUGUGCACCAAGUGAAGUGUGUGUGUGUGGGUGUCUGUUAAUGUGCCAAAAUCAACGAAACAAAAAACAAUCACACAACGGCAGUGGGUGAAACCGGAGAGCGCACGCGGGCCAAAACGAACGCCAAUUCGACCCGAAAGUGAUUAAUCUCAUUAGUAACCGGUACAACAGCUAAAUUUAUUAAAUAAUCCCAGCCGUAAAUAAUUUUUGUUCGCUUCCAUGCCCCCCCGGUCAUCAUCUUCAAACGACGUGACUAACUCUCGGUUCUGGAAGAGCGAAACCUUUUUCUGCGCGUGGAAAAUUAAUUGAAUAAACACACACACACAGUAGCAGCAGCAGCAGUAGUAGCAGAACACCUCCGAGGACUAUCGAUUGGGCACAAAAACCAAAAACGCGCUCCUGGCUCAUCUCUCAAUAAAUAUCAAUUUCCCGGAGUUGAACCCCCUUUGGCUUAGCCAAACAGUGCCGGUGGGAAAAAUAACACCCAGAAGGAGAAAAUAAACCGACGAGAAAACGAAAGGAUCGAACGGAAGCAUUAUUCCGGUGAGAAGGAAGUUUGUGAUUAGUGGGAUUACUUUAUGAUAAGUGGCCCUCUUGGUGUAAGUAGGUGUGAAAAAAACCUCGUGGAAGCUGAGGCAUAUGAAAACAGUGCUAAUGAAAGGCAUUAUUCACCGUUGACGCUGCGAAGAGUGUUGAGAACACAUACAUAAGCAUACCACUAGAACAUCGUUUUCUACUAAAACCGGUGACUGUUUAGUUUUAUGGGUUGCUUCGGAAAGUUUCGGAAAAGUUGGCCUUGAAGUUGACGUGAAGUAAAUUGUGAAGUUUUGCCCGUUGUCAACAGGCCUAGCCGUGCGUGAGUUACACAAACACAUUCUCGCACACCCAAACGGCUGUGAGAAUUGUGCGUGCGUGCGUCAGCAGCGGUGAAAAAUCUUUGGCCACUGGCGUAGUAGUGAAUCGUCGUGAACGUCGAAAAACGUGGCGCACGGGUAGUUGACGUCGCCUAGUGACCUAGUGUACUGGAAAGUGCGUCCCGCAUAGGUCGGUGUUAGCGAAAAGGUAAAAAUCAAUUAAGUGCAGGCACAGAACGGCCAGCAGAGUUCGGGACGAAGGAAAAAGGGUGCUAGCAAGCACCACUUGCCAACCUUCCACCUUGGAGCCCGUUUCGCUGCCCGUUUCCACUGUCGUAGGACCGCAAAAUGGCCGCCGUCAAUUCGGUACAGAACAGCAUCCGCCUACCGCUGGCCGGCCUGGCACCGCCCCGUGUUCUCAUGUGCAGCGCCUCGAUGGGUGCCGAAGGUUCCGUCACACUGCAGUUGCGUGAAGCCGUACAAGCACCGGACGCAGCCGGAACUUCGCUCUCCGACCACGGCGGUCUCACCAUCGGUUAUCCGGAUCCGGAGAUGCUAGCCGAUAUGCUCGGUUCGUUCCAGAGUGCCUCGGCAGCCGGACUGGAGCAGCAGUCUUCCGCCGCCGCCUCCGCCACAUUUGAUCUCAUUCAGGACAGUAGCAGUAGCAACUGCAGCAGCCGACUGUCAGGGCUGGACCCGGUCGAGCAGCAGCAGCAGCAGCAGCAACAUCAAAACAUAGCCAGUGCCCUGAUAGCCAAGGCUUCAUCACCCACCGGAUGUAAUGCUAGCAGUAGUUGUAGCGGUGGUAGCAGCGGUAAUAAAUCAAAUGCCAAUGGAAAUUUGACGCUGGGCGGCAUCAAGGGCGAGACGGCAUCAAAAACCGACAAGCUGAACGGUUGCAUCCCCACGACUGUCUCACACAUGACAACCGGAUCCGCGUCCUCCUCUCCAAGUAGCAGUAACUGUAGCAUCAGUAGUAAUAGUAGUAGUAGCAGCAGCAUCAGCGCCAGCAGUAGUAGUAAUUCCAAGUCCGCUACGGCUGCCCUAGCUUCGGCGGCGGCGGCUGUUGCUUCUGCAGCCGCCGCCAACAGUGCCAACAACAACAACAGUACAACGGUCAUCUCCAGUGCCACACUUGGGGGACACAGCAGUAGAAGUGACAGUACCAGCAGCUGUAGUAGCAACAGCAGCAGCAGCAGCAGCAGUAGUAGUAGUAUCAGUAGCAGCAACAGCAGCACCGGCAGUAAUAGUUGCGGCAGUGGGUCAUCCACGGUCGCGGUCACGGUCAACGGGCUACCGACGGUGGUGAAAAAACCACGGCCUAAAACCGCUUCGCCGACGCGGCACGGUCCGCAGCAGUGUCAGGUUUGCAGCAAAGUGUUCGGGAAUGCAUCAGCCCUAGCCAAGCACAAACUGACGCACAGCGACGAACGGAAAUAUGUUUGUGGAAUGUGCUCGAAGGCGUUCAAAAGACAGGACCAUCUCAACGGCCACAUGCUGACACACCGGAACAAGAAACCGUACGAGUGCAAGGCCGAAGGAUGCGGCAAGUCCUACUGCGAUGCCCGUUCGCUUCGAAGGCACACCGAGAAUCAUCACAGUGCCGUGGGGGGUGGUGGACUUUCGGGAGCAUCAACGCCGACUCCGCAUACGACGACACCCAGCCCGACGGCGGCGACUGCUGCCGCGCUGCCACCCGCCAUGACGAUGACAAUGACGACGAGUACGGCAACGACAACGGCGAUGACCACCGGUCCACUCAGUGGGUUGAGCCUUUCGCCGGCGACGGCCAGCGGCGACGCAAGUUCCCCGCACGGUGCCACCUGCAGCAUCCAGUUCACCUCCGCACCGACAACAGCGCUCAGUUCCAAUAACAACAACAACAGCAGCAGCAACGGCACAACUAUGACCAGCUCAAACAGUUCCUCCAAAAACUUGCACAACAACAUCAGCAGCGGCGGUCAUCUCAGCGACAACAGUGCUGCCAGCUCCAAGUCCCCUUCGCCGAGCUCACCGGCCAGUGGAACCGGAAACGAAGGCCUAACCCGGCAACAGUUGGACCUAAUUACGCAGAUCAUGCAGCAGACGAAGCAGGCGAAUGCGGCCGCGGCUGCCGCUGGACAGAAGGUUCACCCGCGGCCCCGAACGUGGAAUAUGCAGCUCCAGCUGAGCCAGCAUAAAGUAAGCUCCGUUCCCGCGAUUUCCUGCUCGGUCCCCACCAGCCAAACGAGUAGUUCCCAGAGUAGUAGCAGCAGCAGCAGCAGCAGCAUCAUCAGUUCAACCCCCAGCACCCAAUCGACAACGACUGCAGAAACGACGACCAACUCGAUAGCAGCAGCUGCAAACUCCGGCCAGGCACAGAACAAAGCGGACCAGAAACCAGUCGAGUGUAAUCUGUGCCAUCGAAAGUUCAAAAACAUCCCCGCCCUCAAUGGCCACAUGCGGCUGCACGGAGGUUACUUUAAAAAAGACACCGAAACGAAGAAAUGUGAUAAAAAAGAACAUACCGGCCCCCCAUUGCAAACGGCCAGCGUCGGGGUUCGGGCUCUGAUCGAGGAAAAGAUCAUCAACAAACGAAGCAAGGAUUUGAAGAAUCUGUUGUUGAAGGGUUCGUUCGUGGUACCUGCUGCACCGUUGACCGCCCGUAGGCUGCUGGAAGCUAGCGAGGCACUAUUUGCUCCCAAGUCGGGAACGGUUGCCAUUGUCUCCACCCACAAUGGAACGACGCAGAUAAUGAAUCCGAAAGCAACCAUCAUGGCGGCAUCUGCCGCCGGUAGUGUCCUAACAACAUCCAACACGGCCGGAUGUAUCACGGCAACCGAAGUCAAAGACGCCACCUUGAUUGAGCUGCUGAAACGUGGCACCAAGGUAGCAGUUAAGCGUACCUGUUCCGAUCCUGGUCAAUUAGCGAUUACAACACCGUCGGUAGCCACCGCUGCUACCACCCGAACUGUAGUGCUACCGGCAAACCUUAACAGUGUAUCAUCCACACCCGGUUCUACGCCACCGCUGGCACUGUCGAUCGCAAACAGUUUGACGACGAAUGGCAGCUCCACGGUAACUGCCAACUGCGAUUCUACGCCUCUCUCACUCACAAUAUCACAAGCGCCUUCCGGCAGUACGGACGUGUUCACUCUAGCCUACUCCACCGAUGCCACUGGCGCUGCUGCCUUCUUUAGUGAUAACGACGUGUACAGUGUUAGUGAUACGACCAUGCUAUUGCAGGCCGUAGACUCGAUACAGCUGCUCCAGGAUCCAUCCUCCAACGAUCAGCUGGACGAGAUUGCGUCCCUUUCCGACUACACCACCAUCAAUGAGCAAACUUUUACCACUUCGCGACAACUGCAAGCCGUAUUAGACUCACCACUUCCUGAAAGUCUAGCCGAAUUCAGUGCACUCCAUUCCAAAGAUUUCAUUCUAUACGGUGGCAACGCUGGCAACACUUCCGAUCCAACUGGAAGCCAAGCUUCCAAUUCCCCACUACCGUCACCACUAGCGUACCCGACACCUCCAGCAUCCCACGAAGCAGUGGCGCAAGCAUCUCCCUUCCUUGACGAUUCCCGACACUUUUCCGAUGCCAGCUCCUUCUUCGAUGACAAACGUACCUCUUCAGCCAAUUUCCUCGACGACGGUUUCUUCAAAACGGACUCCAAAGACGUCAAACUCAGUGAUGAAAAAAUUCUUGCCCUGAAAAAUGAACUGCUAGAUGAGAACCACGAUCUUUUCCGAAGCAACAAAAACAUCCUCGACGAGCACUGUCACGAACUGUUCAAGAGCGAAGACAGUUUCUUCGUGGAGGAGUCCCCCUCAAGUAAACAACCCUCAUCGUCAUCGGCAUCCGUCACCACCGUGGAAGAAGUAGGUUCGCCAUCGAAAAUCAACCUGGACUUUCUCGACGAAGCCCAAGCAUUCAUUAACGAAAGUCGAAACGCUUCUUCCCCGCUGUCAAAUGCGUUCUUUUCCGCCACCAUGUCCAGCGCAGAAGAAGUCAAAGAAGCCCUGGAAGAAGUGCUACCCAGUGACGAAGACGUGGUUAUCGCCGAAGCCGACAUCGAUCUGUACUACCUGAACGGGCUAACGUCGCUGCAAUCGCAGAUGAUGCCCAACUCAGACGAUCCGCUGCUGUCGUCAUCUCCGAAAGACUUUGCCCAUCGACAGCACCAGAAGUUUCUGUUUGAGCAGCAGCAGGAAAUGCUUGCAGUUCCACAACAGCCUCCAAACAGUAACCACAACAACAACAACACCUUCUCACCACCGAGUGCCAAAAAGCUCAAAACCGAAGCGGAUGUCCCAGCGUUGGCAGCAGCUAGUGAUACGAACAAAAUUCCACUAACCGUACAAACCGAGCAAAUUCCAAAAGACAACCACAAUGACUCCGUGUUCCUUAGUCCGAGCAGUAUCUCGUCUACCAGCAGCAGUGGCAGUAGCAGUUCACCAAAGUUGCAGCAUGCAUUGCUUCGAAAACGACCCACCAUCAUGCCCACGGUAUCCAUCCGGAAGUCCCCUAUCUAUCACUCCAAGCUACGGAAAUCUACAUCCGCAGUUCCCGUUACGCACUACACUCCACAGCCGAUGCUGAACCCUGGCCGAACUGCACCCGGACUUUAUUCAACAAUCGCUUCCAGCCUGGCCAAUCAAUCCAGUUCCGUAUCAGAAUCAACCGUAGACAACACGUCGGAUAUUUUUAGCGAACCGCCGCUUCCUAUUCGGCCGAGAAUCAACCUCGGCAACGAUUACCAGGCUACCAUUCCCGAGUGUACCGCCGCCAACUAUCAUCACCUGAACCAUCAACCGGAUCAGCAUAUGUGGGAUCCGAUGGUGUUCCAGAAUAAUGGACAGAUCGCUCGCUUCGUUGAACUGUCCCGUUCUUCCGCCGUACCGCUGGGAUGUCACACCGAAGAGACGGCUCUGAAGUCGUUGCUGGAAGCACAGGGCGAAAUACACAUUGCCAUCCUGAAUCUAAUGCAAACUCCACCGGCCGGCAUCCAUCGGCGGUGGUCGGCAGGCGAGAUGGAACAGUUCAUCCGUGGUCUGGAACUGUACGGGAAGGACUUUUUCCGAAUAGCAACCGAGCUGCUGCCGGAAAAGUCCACCGGUGAUUGCGUUCAGUUGUACUAUUUCUGGAAGAAGCUGUGCGUCGAUUACAAAACUACCCAUCUGUUGCAGCACGGGGACAAUUCGAUGAAGUUCAUCAACAUGAACGUUAGUCCGGAUGAUCUGCUGUUGGACCACGCUGGUUAUACAAGCAGCCCCGUGAGGUCCGGCAACGGUCUCGGUUCGCAGCAAACUGGUAACGACGUGCGUCCGCACGUCUGCGAGGUUCCCGAUUGUUCAGCGAGUUUCUCCUCAAAGGCCGCCCUGCACGGUCACAUCCGUAUUCACUGUAUCGGACGCUCGGCAGUGCACCUGAACGGCACUACGCAAAAUGGUAAUUUCUUGAGUACUACUGCCGUUGGUAACCCUAUUAACCCUAACCACAUACCAACAAAGGAUGAUUAUCCCUGCAAGGUGUGCGGCAAGGUAUUCAAUAAGGUAAAAAGUCGUAGCGCCCACAUGAAAUCCCACAGACCGCAAGAUGCGAGUGAUCAGCUGCAACACCAACUGCAGUUGCACCAACAGCAUAUGCAACAGCAGCAGCAUCAACAACAACAACAACCACAGUGCUGAACGUAAGCAAAGACAAAGCUGACAGCUGUCAAUCGUCAAAACGACUCAAAUAAAAGACAAAACAGUGUUAAAUUUCGAGACAAUCUUAAUCCAUAAUGGUGAAAAAAAAUGCACACAAGUGUUGCUACAAAAAAAAAACAAUAACAAAAAUAAAAAACCGAAAGCCACCUCGAAUAGUAAUCAACAAACUUUUAAACCCAAAAAUCGAACCUGAGCAAACCAUUGUAACGGAGGUUGUUAAGCGAAACGCAAAUUAUACGAGCAAAAUCCCACAGAAAACAAAAACAAACACUCACACAACAAACACUUACUGAACACGCGUCAGAACGCAGAAGAGCGAAAACAAAAUGUCAAAUUAUCCGAACAUCUAUAUACACACACAUACAUUGAGGUGAAACUUCCAAUUAAUCCUCAAAUCAUAUAUUAAUAUAAUAUCUACUUUAACGUAAGCUUAGAAAGAAAAAAAAACUGUUUUUUGUAUACUUUUUGUUGUUGAACUUUCUACACUUCAAAGACGUAAAAUGUACAUAAAAAAACAAAUCAAUUGUUGAUGAGAAAUCUUGUAUUCUUUUUAAAUCUUUUAGCGAUAAACAAAACAAUACAAAAGUAAAAUCAAACGGUCGAUAACAAAUCAAAACAAAAACGAAUACACACUGGGCGUGGCCUUUUUAUGAUGAAGAUAAACAAAAAAUCGGAGAUUUAUGAAAAACAAAUCAAGUUUUAGCGAAGCUAUUCCUUAACCACCAAGAGUGACAGACAUGACCCAGUCCCGCCCUGGAAAAUAUUUUUAGCAUCAUAACCGUGUGAUUGAUGUUGAUGAUGAUGAUAAUGACGAAACACUAACAUACUCAUUCACAAAAACACAGACACACACAUAUAGCCAACCAAAUAAUAAAAAAGCAAAGCCAACUAAGUUUUUCUAUAUUAUUAUAGUCGUCCUCCAUUUCUCUAAUAAAUCUCAAACUCAAACUCUAUAGAUGACUUUUUAUCUUUCCAGUAUUAUAGAGAGACAUGAACAAACAAUACAAAAAAGCAGCCUGAGCUACCACAAAGGAAUAAUACAUGCGAUGCGAGUAGGAAAAUUUCUUGCUAGAAAUGAGAAAAAAAUACAUUCUUCCGCAUACAUACACUCACUCACACACACACGAUUUAGCGUAAUGUUUAACCCUAAAAAAAGAAAAAAGUAAAUGACGAAGAAAAACAUGGUUGUACCUAGAACUUAAGUGUUGAUCGAUGUCCCUAAUUCUAUAUAUUAUUAUGAUAAGCAUAGAAAAAAAAACUACACAGCAAACAUUACAGAAAAAAUAAGGAAAAUGACAAAAAUAUAUAUAUUAUAUAUUUAUUAAUUAGAAGGUUAAAAAUUAUUGGAAAACUUCAUACUGUGGUAGCGGGGAAACUUUCAACACCCCCCGCCCCUCCCCCCUAGCUAAAACGAGAGAAGUUACUAGCGGAUAGAGAAAGAAGAAAAAAAAACAAAGAAAACAAUGGUAACGUCAGAAAGUGAAUGUAAAACUGAAAUAUUGAUUAAAAAUUUUAAACAGCAUCUCGCUCCCCGCGCACCAUUGACUCGUUUCGACUGAUUUGUUGUUCAACCAUAUCCGGGAUUGAGGAAAGUCCCAAGCUCAAACAUUAACUCAACAGUAUCCAACAUGGCAAUAAUAACUCGCUCACUCGUAUUCGUGCAGAAAUCGAUGCUCCUCUCGGGUUUUGAGCCUUUCGAGAGUAACUACUAUUUAUAUUUUACCCCCGCUAAGUGAGGAACUCGACACAGACGCUCAGAUUUACCGUAGAUAAAAAAAAUAUGAGGACACAAAUUGUGAGACAUAUUCUAGCUUUUUAUUGAUUGUGAUAUUAGAUUUUUUGGAUUGGAAAGUGGAAUGAAACGAAGGCAGAUGCAAAGCAUAUUGUGGCUCAAAUUGGUAGUUUUCAGUAAUGAACUUCCUACAAAAAAGCAUGAAAGCUAUAAUCGGACACCCAGCGGGUACUUAUUUCGGGCGAAAAGCUUUGAUUGUGCUUGGUUUAACAGAAUACACAUCAACGAAAUCUCAAAGUGUGUUUUAUCAAUGUUAUUUAUGCUCUUUAUAAGUUUUAUAUCAACGGACAAUGAAAGAACAGCGUCAGUAUCACUUUCAGUUAACUUAAUGUUAAAGUUAAUGAAGAGGCGUAUUCCGUUUACCAACUGCUGCGUUUGAAUUGCCAAAAAAUAUUCACAAGUCAUCGGUUAAAAAACAGUUCUCUUUCGAUUCCUAUAGUGAAGACCUCAUCGUUCAUGAGUGAUAGGUAAAGUAGUGGCCCUAGUGUACUUCUCUGGGGAAAACUCAGCUACAGUGUUUUCAUUAUUAUAAUUAACUGAUAUUCUAUUACUAAAAGAUUCUUAGGUAGGAAAAGGAAUGAAAGGUUGUGGGUAGGACGGGAUAAGAUGGCACUUGUAGCUCAAUGCUCUUUUCUCCGUGAAAAUCUUAGUAAGUCCUCCUAAAUGACUUCUUUAUCUAACGUCUUUUCUAUCACUUAUGAGUAUCUUUUAUGGUAAAAUCGUUGUUUUUAGUAAAUCUGUACUUUCCGGGGCAAAAGGAGCAUUCCCCAAAAACUGUCACUUUUAGUAAUAUUUCACUCUAUGAGAAACAUUUAGAAACAGGCUGUUGGACAAUGUGAAAACUGUAUUUUGAUCACUAUCUACCCAACAAAAGAAAUACAUGCCUUUACGGAGUUGGCCAGAUGGGUUGUACACAAUGAUUGAUGCAGUUGUAAAAAUUCAAAAAAACUGUCACUAGAUUGGAACUUUGGGCCCUUGCGAUGGAAGUACCUUUCGGGUCGUGCAAUGUAGUUUUCCAGCUAAACAGUUGGGUUGAAAAAACUCCGUCGAUUUAGCGAUUCUAUAAUAUAA